UCGUUGUUGACCAGAAUUGCCGGCUUUGCCAGCCCGGGCAGCAACAGCAGCAGCUGCAGGAGGAGAAGGGGGGGAAGCCAUCGGUGCGCGUCUUGAGCAGCCUGAUCUCCUGCCUCGGCCAUGGUGGACAGCAUCUACCGGACCCGCUCGCUGGGCGUGGGGGCCGAGGGGCUGCCGGACCAGUACGCCGACGGGCGGGCGGCGCGCGUCUGGCAGCUCUACAUCGGCGACACGCGGAGCCGCACCGCCGAGUACAAGAACUGGCUGGUGUCGCUGCUGCGGGGCCAGCGCUGCAGGACGGUGCUCGACGUGGCCUGCGGCACCGGCGUGGAUUCUAUUAUGCUGGUUGAGGAAGGAUUCAGGGUCACCAGUGUGGAUGCCAGUGAUAAGAUGCUUAAAUAUGCCCUGAAGGAGCGAUGGAAUCGUCGAAAAGAGGACUCAUUCGACCACUGGGUCAUCGAGGAAGCUAACUGGCUCACCCUGCCACAGGACCUGCAAAAGCCCGGCAAGGGGUUUGAUGCCGUCAUCUGCCUGGGGAACUCCUUUGCACAUCUCCCAGAUUUCAAAGGUGACCAAGGAGUUCAUAAACAGGCCCUUAAGAACAUUGCUAGUAUGGUUCGGCCAGGUGGCAUCCUGGUCAUUGACCACCGAAACUAUGACUACAUCCUGGAAACAGGCUGCGCUCCUCCUGGGAAGAACAUCUACUACAAGAGUGACCUAACCAAAGAUAUCACUACAUCGGUACUCCUUGUGAACAACAAACCAAAUAUGGUGACACUGGACUACACACUGCAGGUCCCACCCGAGAAUGAUGGAAACCUAGAACUGAGUCAAUUCCGUCUCUCUUACUACCCUCAUCGCUUGGAGCCUUUCACAGAACUGCUGAAAAACGCGGUCCAAGGCCCGUGUGAACACACCAUCCUGGGGGACUUCAAGCCUUACAUGCCAGGCCAGCAGUACAGCCCAUGCUAUUUCAUCCACGUGCUGAGGAAAACAGGCUGAGAACUCGGCUGCAGGCUCCUCCGGCAGGCAUCUGGUUCUUUCUUCUGUCGCUGGAGUGGCCGGUGGCGUGCCGACCCUGUGCAAGCAACAGCGAAUGUGCAUGAGAGCUGCGUGAAACCGGAAGAGCGAGAAUUGGAAGAUUUCCCCCGCUUCCAACUUCUUCUAUCCCCCACCCACCCUAAGGGUCCAAUCUAGUUAAUCUACUUUGGGGAUUGGAGGAGCUGUUGCUCAGAUCAGUGACCUCCGAGGGAAGGAGGCGGGGACGGUUUGCUUUGCAUCUGGAUCAUAUGCAAAGUUGCGUAGCUGGCUCAAGUGUACCUUGCUGUUUCUUGAUUAUUAUUAUUGUUGUUGUUAUUUUGCUUCUCUUGCUGAAGUUGCCUGGAUAACUUGCAUCAAUGUUUGAGAAAGUUUA